AUCCAUGGAAGCCAACGAAAUGCCCACUGUCCACCACUGUGCCUCCGAUCCUGCCACAGGGGGUGAGAUCAGAGCCCCUCCAGGCACUGAGCUUAUCCCCAGGAGAGCUGUCAGUCGCUCUCCAACCUGUGCCCGCUGCCGAAACCACGGCGUCACUGCCCACCUCAAGGGCCACAAGCGCCUGUGCCUCUUUCAGGCUUGCGAGUGUCACAAAUGUGUCCUCAUCUUGGAGCGCCGGAGGGUCAUGGCUGCCCAGGUGGCCUUGCGUAGGCAACAGGAGGCACAGCUAAAGAGGCAUCUGGCUCAGGGACUGAUGAGGAGAGGGGCGGCUCCUCCCAAAGCUCCUAGCCAUGCCAAGAAGGGAGCCACUCAACCAGGGGUCCCCCCUGGAAAGGAGAACAUAGCACCCCAGCCUCAGACACCCCAUGGGGCAGUCCCACUGGCACUGACACCCCCUGGGAAGGAUAACUCCCGGGGGCCUCUGCUGCUCAGCCGUCCCCCAGAAGCCUUGCCUUUGUCCUGGACUCCAGUGCCUCCAGGCACUUGGGCUCCUGGACACUGGCUGCCUCCAGGCUUUUCCGUGCCACCUCCUGUGGUAUGCCACUUGCUAUGUCAAGAAUCUACAGUCCCUCUGCAUCCCUCUCCUGGCUUUGACCCUGGCACUUCCCUCCGGCUGCCCACUCACGGGCCCCUCCCAACCUGCCCAGGAUCUCGUCCGAUACUGAUGGCUCCUCUUUCUGGAGAAUCCCAAGGGCCCUCUGCCCUGCCCCGCACAUGCUCGACUCUGAUACUCCAGCCCUGUGGCACCCCAGACCCUCUUCUGCUGCAGCCACAGGCCCCCGGAGCUUCUCGCCUGGCCUGGACCUCUGCCCCCUCAGAGCGGCAGCUGCAGCGGGAGGCAGCUGAGGCUCUUGUGGAUCUGAAAGAUUCUUCCCAGGCUCCCCGCCUGACCUCUUCUGUUCCCCCCAACCCUGCCUGGAUCUCCCUGCUCCACCCCUGUGGCCCACCAGCUCCCGCUGGAGGAAGAGGAUUCCAGCCUGUUGGCCCCUCUCUCCGACCCAGCCCAGCCCCCUCUGUGGCUCUGCAUAUUGGGCGUCUGGGCUCUAUCUCCCUCCUAAGCUAGAAGCCCAGAGGUGGAGGCCUUGCUGGGGCAAGAAGCAACAGCCUGCGGGCACUGCAUAUUUGGUAUUUUACUUCUGGAUUUAUGCAUGGAAUUUAAUGUAGUACAAGCUUCCGGCUUUUCUUUUUUUUAAGCUUUCACGUGCUUCGUUAGCUUUUGGUUCCUUUUGUAGUGUGGGCAUUUCCUUGAAUGAAAGUGGUAUGCUCUUACUCACUUGGGUCCUGGCACCUUUUUACAAUCCCCAGCAAAGUGAGAAUUGUGUAGUUUAAGCUAACCAGUAUCUAAAUAGGUUUUUGCAUGAGUUCACGUUCCAGAAUAUUUAUUUGACAUAUGAUCCUGUACAUAGCUGUGCGCUCAUGUCUGUCUCCAUGCAUGCAAAAAUAGGAGAGUAUUUUCAUUUUGUGUCUACCUUUGGGUGAGUAACUGGGAAAUAAACCUUUGUUGUUUUAAGCCA